UGAAGGUACAUAGUUUGUAAUAACAGAGGUGAACUGUCUGCAAUCUGCAGAAACAAUGGAGCUGGUUCAGCUAGUUCCUGUAAUUCUUCUAUCAUGGUUUCUUCAUCACGCUUCAGCACAAAGAUCAACGUACAUUAUCCACAUGGAUAAAUCUCUCAUGCCCAAGGCAUUUUCAUCUCACCGUUACUGGUAUUCUUCCAUCCUCCAUUCCGUCCAAUCUCCGACGUCAUUCGCCGGCGGCGGCGAAAAACUCCGGCCGAAGCUUGUCUACACCUACGACAACGCCUUCCAUGGCUUCACCGCCGUCAUGUCGGAAGAUGACGUGGACGCUGUGAGGAAGUCCCCGGGUUUCCUUUCGGCUUACCCGGACGACGUCGUUACCCCCGACACGACACACUCUUAUAAAUUCUUGGGGCUCAACACGGCGGCCGGGAUUUGGCCGGCGUCGGAGUACGGGAAGGACGUCAUCAUCGGAGUUGUCGACACCGGAGUCUGGCCGGAGAGCCGGAGCUUCGGCGACGACGGAAUGACGGCUGUUCCGGCGAGGUGGAGGGGGAUCUGCCAAGCCGGCGAGGAGUUCAAUUCUUCACUGUGCAACAGGAAACUCAUCGGAGCUAGGUACUUCAACGAGGGGGUUCGGGCGGCGAACCCCGGCGUCGUGAUAACUCUGAACUCCGCCAGGGAUGAUUCCGGCCACGGCACCCACGUUGCCUCCACCGCCGCGGGUAACUACGUCGACGGCGUCUCCUUUUUCGGGUACGCCGCGGGUACUGCGCGGGGCGUGGCCCCACGCGCCCGCGUGGCGGCGUACAAGGUCCUCUGGCGGGAGGGAAGCUACGAGUCCGACGCGCUCGCCGGAAUCGACCAGGCGGUCGCCGACGGCGUCGACAUCCUCUCAAUUUCCCUGAGUUACCGCCGGCGAGAUUUGUACGAGAACCCCAUCGCAAUAGCAGGGUUCGGCGCAAGGGAGAAGGGCAUUAUCGUCUCUGUCUCCGCCGGAAACCGCGGCCCGAAUUUCGCGACUCUUCUAGAAGGAAUCCCGUGGGCCAUAGUGGUGGCCUCCGGAACAAUCGACCGGUGGUUCGCCGGCAGACUAACCCUCGGCGACAGCGGCAAAACAAUCACCGGCUGGACAAUGUUUCCGGCGAGAGCCGCCAUCAGAAACUUCCCUCUCAUCUACAACAAAACACUCUCCGCCUGCAAUUCCGGCGAACUACUAGCGGAAGCCCCUUUCCAAAGCAUCAUUAUAUGCAAUAUAACCGACGAAUCCACGUCUUUCUUCUCCCUAAUGAACGAUCUCACACAAUCGACCAACAUUCGAGCGGUCGUCAUAAUUUCCGACAACGCUGCCAUUCUCCGGUCCACCUCAUUUCCCUUCCCCGGAGUCGUAAUAACCUCUAAUCAAGCAAAAGAGGUCGUCAAAUACGCAACAAGCACCGGUUCGCCACAAGCGAGCCUCGAUUUUAUACAAACAACAAUCGGGCCGGAGCCCAGACCAGCUCCGGCCCUGUCAGGCUCCUCAUCCCGUGGGCCUGCCAGAAGCUACCCCGAGAUUCUGAAGCCUGACGUCACUGCACCAGGAGUUUUAAUCCUGGCCGCGUACAAUCCUUACACCUCCACGGCAAGUGUCGGUAACAACAUAUUCCUAUCGAGCGACUACACUCUCUUAUCCGGCACGUCAAUGGCUUGCCCACACAUAUCCGGAAUCGCUGCCCUCCUCAAAUCAGCCCGGCCCAAUUGGAGCCCUGCAGCUAUCCAAUCCGCCAUUAUGACCACCGCAAACCCGCUCGAUAAUUCCAAAAAGCCCAUCAAGGAUAUGGGCUCCGAUUACGAGCCCGCCACGCCUUUAGGCAUUGGGGCGGGACACGUUGACCCGAACCGGGCCCUUGACCCGGGCCUAGUCUACGACGCCACUAUUCAAGACUAUGUCAACCUCGUUUGCUCGAUGAAUUUCACUCCCGAGCAAACGCGAACAAUCGUGAGAUCGAGCUACAACUGCUCGACGAACGUAGGGAGUGGUGGGGCCACUUAUAGAGCCGAGGUGGAAAGACCGAAAGGCUCGACGAUUGUUGUUUCGCCGGAGAGGUUAGUGUUCGGAAGUAAACACGAGAAGCGGAGCUACUCUUUGACGAUUCGCUAUCGAAGUAAUAGCGAGUUUGUUAUCGCGGAUGGUUCGAUCACUUGGAUCGAAGAGAAUGGGAAGCAUAGAGUGAGAAGUCCCAUUGUCAUUUCUCCGGGGGUGGGUGAUGAUUAGUUUAAAAGAGUAAUAUUUGUUUCUGGAAUGCUUAUAAAUUGGUGGUAUAUAUAAUGUCAUAUUCUUAAAGCAAUUUUCAACUUGUGUUUAUGGUGCAUAAUGUUACUGAAGAACUAAUCAUGUUAUAUAUAUGGGCAAAUUAUGGUCGAA